CACAGGCACAAUGGAUGCUAUCAAGCAACUGGAACUUGCAAAUGUUAAAGUGUAUAAAAAUGCCAAGGAAACGGGUCGACUACUCGGUGUUGGCUCAUUCGGGUGCGUGGUGGAACUGACCAUCAAGGGCGCGGGGAAGUUUGCGGGAAAGAAGAUUCACGAAGCUCUUAUUGUCGACGGAGAUACCAGUCUCCUCGUCAAAGAGUGUAAGCUAAUGUCGGAACUGAUUCACCCCAGCAUUGCGAAAUUCUACGGCGUCUGCAACCUGCCGUCCAGAACCGCUCCGGCGUUGGUCAUGGAGCUAAUGGACCACAGUCUGGAGGAUUUCCUCGAGAAUAAGACGUUCCAUCUCCCGCUCACGACGGCUACGUCCAUCCUUAUCGACAUAGCCAACGGUCUCACUUACCUACACGGUCGGACGCCUCGCGUUCUCCACCGCGACCUGACUGCGCGAAACGUUUUACUCGACAGGUACACGAACGCAAAGAUAACGGAUUUCGGCAAUGCCAGGAUCAUCGACGCAGCCAAAAUCGGUAAAACCAUGACCCAGGCCCCAGGUACCAGCGUCUACAUGCCUCCCGAGGCACUGGAUCCCCACACGACGUACUGCGACCGGCUCGACAUUUUCUCUUUCGGGCACCUCGCGCUCUACACACUCAUACGAGAAUUUCCGAGAGAGCUCCUUCCCGCCACAUACAUACAAGACGCGGAAGGCCAGGUUGUGGCUCGAAGCGAGGUUGAGCGAAGGAGCAAGUACAUGGAAGCUCUAGACGUCAAGCUGCCUGAACUAAACCACAAGCUUUACCAGUUGACUCGGCAGUGCCUGCAAAACGACCCCACUAAGAGGCCAGACGCAACCGCGCUCUUGAGCAAACUACAGGAGGUCCUCUGCCUGGAGUAUGGAGAACUCUACGCCACAACAGGCACUGAAGAAUCAACGGCAGAUGCAGAUCGUAAACUCCUUGAAGAUAAGCGUGAAGGUCAGGUAAAAACAGGUCUGAUAGAGAAGAAGUCCAGAAUACUCAGCAGGUGGAGUGAGCGAGGGACAUGGAGAGCUCACACAUUCGCAGUCGACUACAAGAGAGGGACUUUCAAAUACACAAGGAGUGGGUCAUUUCCAGCAAAAGGUCCUGUGAUUCAGCUGGACAACAUAACUGAGGUGAAGGAACUGGAGCAAGACGGACCAAGGUUUCCAUUUGAAGUCCACCACAAAGGAAAACACUCCCCUUGGGAGCUGAGAGUCUACUCAGAGGUACAGAGAAGGGAAUGGAAGGAGAAACUACAAAUGCACGCAGAAGCUUCAAGCCCACUGCUUACAAGAUCUGAAAAGGAGAAGGAAGACAUCGAUGCCUCCAUCGACGAAUGCAUCUACGACAAGAUUAUCGAUGUCCUCAACAACAGGUUCAACCCCAACCAAUUGGACGAAUUCACCAAGAAGCUACAAACCCACACGUAUGCAACACUUCCCGCUGACAGCAGAAUCCUGCCCGCUAUAAAACGUCCACCCAUGGAUCAGCCAGCACCAUCUCUACAAAGAUUUCCAGCUGUGCCUCCACCUCCAGAGACAGACCUUCCACUGCUCCCUCCCAAACCACCAAGGAAAAAGCUAAAAGAGCCCCUCGCAGACAAAACAUUGAAGCAGCCAUCGCCGUCAAGCACACCAGGGAGCUCAAUGCUCUCUCUGACAGUUGAUCCGGCACUCCCAGUGCUACACAAGACACAAAGAUCCAUGUCACUCCCAUCGGUGGAGCCCAUGCCCCUUGAUGUGGGCAAAUUACCUGUGCGUCGCCUCAAAAACGGCAGUGACAGAGGACUAUGAAGACAUGGAUUCUGGUCUAGUCUCAGAGCAGAGUUCCAGGCUGGCACUGGCACAAUUGUUGCCACCAACUUUGCCGCCACGGCGACCAGCCAGUCCAUGUGCUUCACUUGAAGCUCUUCAGAGAGAAGCGCUCGCAAUUUCUCUCUCCUCUCUGACAGAUGUUACAAAGAUCGGAGAAGGCCAGUUUGGAGAUGUAUACACGGCUAAGAUGAAUAGAUCCACUGUUGCUGUGAAGGUCAUCAAAAGGUACUCGUCGAAGAGAGUGAAGGAGCAGUUUGAGAAUGAAAUGAGCACCAUGAGCCAGGUCUCCCACCACAACAUUGUCAGGCUCCAUGGAAUCAUCAGAGAUGGUCCUCUCUCGCCUGCACUGGUAAUGGAGUUUUUACAAAACGGAGACCUCAGGACAUUUUUGAGCGUAAGUCACAAAAAUGUUGAUUUGCACAAUAACUCUUUCUUCUGGACUGUAGAGGGAGCCACAAUCGCACGAGUUCCUCAUGAAAUGUAUGAGUGACAUAGCAAUGGGAAUGCACUAUCUUUGCGAGAGAGGACUAAUCCAUCGGGUAAGCUGACACAAUUAUUGCAUAUUUUGAGAACCAAACUACUUAAUGAGUAGUGAGUCAAACUAUACUCAACGAGUCACUUCAUUUUCCAGGACCUGGCAGCACGAAACGUCUUACUCGAUGACAAUAAAAACCUGCAAAGUAUCUGACUUUGGAUUGCUACGGGAGGUUCCAAAGGACAAGAAUGUGUACAUCUCGCAAGGCGAUGGUCCGUCACCACUACGGUGGAUGGCACCCGAGAGUAUUACCGACAACAUCUUCUCACCUGCCACUGAUGUGUGGAGUUUCGGAAUAGUGCAGUGGGAAAUGUUCUUCCCCGGCAAACAACCCUACCACGACAUGCAGACUACGAAGAUGAUUGUGAAAGUGGCCAGUGGGUAUCGAAUGCCCAUCCCUAGGGGGUGUCCAGCUCUGGCGGCAAAGAUCAUGAAGGCUUGCUGGCAGCAUGAUCCAAACGAGAGACCCACUUUUCUGCUCAUUUCAAACCUUCUUAGCUCACGGGAUCGACUGUUAAUCACUCAGUAAUGCAGAAAUAAUCUCAUAUUAUUAC